AUGAAAGGCCUCCGAAGCUGGAUUCCCUUCCUUCUCUUGAGCCUUUUGGGCUCCACCGAUGCGUCCACUUCCCUACUAACGGUCACCGAGACCAGCCAGAGCACUGUAACCCAGACCAACACUGGCGUGGCCACCAUCACCACAAGCACCUGCUCGUUGGAGAGCAGUGCUUUGCCCUCGUCCUGCUCAAACGGAAUCUGGACAUCGGGCUCGAAAUACUACUCCGUGCAAUGUGGAGGCGCGUCUCUAACCAGUGCGGCGACCAUUCGUGCCUAUGUACAGCUUCCUUUUUCGAGGUGCAACCAAUACUGCGACGCGAUUGCCAGCUGUGCUGGAGUCAACUUUUACACAAUCGGCGCGGUCUCAGAAUGCUUCCUGGUCAGCGGCACGCCGACAAUGGUGGCAGCCUCAUCGUCGAUGACGGCGGUAGAAAUCUUCACGACCAAUCCCUGUAUUGCAACGUCGACAUUCAGCACUACCGAAACUGUGGUGUUGACCAUCGACUAUACCACAACUUCAGUCUCGACCCUCGUUAUCUUGACCCCAACUCCGACACCGACCUCCACAUUCACUUCUUCUCAGACGCUGGUGUCAUCUUCUAGGCCGCUAUCGUCUGCUCUAUCCAGCGCAGUUCAGUCUUCAUCCACUCCGAAUGCUUCUCCGUCCAGUUCUGUGACUGUCGCAUCUUCUUCGGCUCCCUUCAAGUCCUCUUCCGCCCGCUCGCCCUCGUCGUCGCUCAUUCAUUUCCAAAGUACAUCUCAGAGCGCGUCCCAGAGCGCAUCCCGAAGUGCAUCCCGAAGUGCAUCCUCUAGCGCAUCCCAGAGCAUAUCCCAGGGUGCAUCCCACAGCGCAUCCCGAAGUGCAUCCCGAAGUGCAUCCCGAAGUGCAUCACAGAGCGCAUCCCAGAGCGCACACAGCUCAACCCUGCAUCCAGUCCCAAGCUCAAUUUCAUCCUCAAGCUCGGCGGGUGUUUUCUCUUCUUCCACUGCAGUCGUAUCGUCAUCUGGCAUACCUUCGGAGAGCUCGCAACUAUCACCAGUAUCUUCGCCGAUACCACAGUCAUCUCCAUCCGGCUUCCUGACUCUUCCGGGAUCCGUCUCUUCACGCCCUUUCUCAACCUCCUCGGAGUCUCUGUCUUCCUCUUCCACUCAAUCCGUCAGUACUCAGUCACUCGACACUACAGCCAGCACUUUAGAUGAUACACGGACUACAGUUGUUCCAGGAAAUCCUUCUGCGCGCGUGACAGCGAGCGAGGGUAUCACUACUGAAACCAUCUAUACCACCGUCGUUUCGACCAUCUAUAAGUGCGCUUCAACAGUGAAUGAUUGCCCUUUCUCUGAGCAAACUCCCUCUCCAGUCACACACACAAUUCCAACUGCAACCUCUGUGUAUUCGGUCACCACUUCUACUGUCUAUGAAACCCGGAGCCACACUGUUAGUGCGUGCCCGCCGUGGAAAAGCAAGUGUCAGCCGUCCGAAAUGACCACCUCUGUGACCACUGAGACGCACGAGGCUUACACUACUACGAUUCGGGUUCCAAUUGAAAGAGCGGCCCCUACUGCCGCCAUCACGGAUAUGGAGACCAACACCCGAGGUGAUGUGGUUGCUCCAGUUGAGACUGUUCGAGUGACAAAGAUGGUGACAGUCUUGGCCUGUCCCGCUGAAUAUGAUACUCAGAAGCAAUGA